UCUCAAGAAAAACUGAUAAAUUUGGGAAAUGCUAGGUCUGUAAUAGGGAUAUUGUAUGACCAUCAUUUUAAGGGUAAUCUUGUAUACCAAUGGAGCAAAUAACUUCAAAAAUCAAAACAAAUUCAAACCGUUUCCCAAUUGUCAUGCUUUAUUGGACACAGUUAUAUAAGUGUGUAGGUGUGUGGGGGGGGGCAGGUAGUUUAGAAUCUUCUAAAUAGUCCAGGAUAGAAACCAAAGAGAAGAUGUUUAGUGAAAAUUAAAUAGUUUCCACUUCGCUGACUUUUUAUUCUUCACUUUAAACUUUGUAUAAAGUUACUUUAAUAAUAUUGAAUCUUGUUUUCAUCAUACAAACUUUAUUGAUUUAGAGAGUUAUCAUAUUUUGUAUCCAUUGUAUUGAUAAUUGAUCAGAUUGUUGCUGGUUACAGUUUAAACAGUUUAAAACUAACUGUGCGCAUGAAAACAUAAUUAUGCCGCGUCACAUUGUAAUAUUUAUUCUGAGUGUAACAGUAUUUACCACAGUGCAAUCACAGUUAGAAAACUAUGUGAUUGUUAGAUCCCAAAGCCUGUGUAUUCCGCCAUAUCAGAAAGUUGGGAAACAGUGUUUAUUUUUCUCAAGACCUCAUUCUCCUUGGGGUUUAUCUGAUACUUGGCACCAGGCAUAUAAGAGUGUAUAUGAUGCAGCUGUAUUCUGUAUGGCACAUGACGGUCAACUAGCAGAACAAGUUCAAGAUUUUAAAAGUGCUUUAGACCUUUGCGCUACUGUCAGAGGAGGAUGUGCUCCCAGCCUGGUGGCUCGGCGUGGACAUUGUUUUCAAUGGAAUCCGCUAGAUGGUUCUGAGAUCGAGAUUCCAUGUAAUCACCCUGAUCUGAAAGCAAGAUUUAUAUGUCAGCAAAACUAAGCAAUUAAUUUUAAAUUAUAAACUGUGAUGAUUUACCGGAGCUUGAUGUUAUAACUACCUUUAUCGUACACCCACCCCCUCCCUCACCCCUCAGUCCCCUCCCCAUCCCUUAUCCUACCCCUCCACCCACAGCCUGAGCACUAUGAAUAAGGUUUUUUGGGCUCUUCGGUUGCACCUGAAAAGUCGAUGAGGCAUAUUUUCAAAUUGUAAUUUCUAAAAUGUUUUUUUUGCUUCAUGCAAAACGUUGAUUCAUGUGCAAAAGAUAUCCAUGAAAAAAAAAUCAUUCUUUUGCAUAGUGUAAACAAAAUAAAAGAGAGUUUUGAAAAA